AUGCUUGUAUGGCAUAUUUGGAAGGAGAGAAAUCAAAGGGUGUUCAAUGAGAAAGCUCUGUAUUUUGAGCUUCUUAUCCCAAAAAUCAAAGUAGCCAUUGAAGAAGUUAUAAACGUCAAAGUAGUGGGAAGGAAGUAUUGCACUUAUUCUUCCUGGGACAAAGAAAUGGAAAGGUUGUGGAAUUUGAUGAAGAAUAGUGGUUACAAGUUUGUUGACAAGAAGCAAAAUAAAGGAAGUAUAGUAUGGACUCCUCCUUCAGCUGGAAGCUUGGAGGUUAAUUUUGACGGGGCUAGCCAUGGCAAUCCUGGUAAAUCGGGCUAUGGUGCCAUUAUAAGGGACGAAUUUGGUAAUUUUGUUGGUGAAAAUUUCGGUCCCUUAAGAAUCACUACAAACAAUAUGGCAGAAAUUGCAGGGCUAUUAGUUGGAUUGGAAUGGAGUGUGGGUCGAGGAUUUUGCUCCUUAGAAGUAGAGGGCGACUCUCAAAUUGUCUUGAAUGGGAUAAUCAAACAGAAAUUCAAGAAUUGGAAAUUGGAGGCGUGUCGUCCCAAGAUCUAA